CUCUCUAAUCCCACCUACCAUCACCACGUCCGCGUCUCCCCUACUCGCAUCGCAAGCCCUUCCCAAGUCGACGCCAGCCGUCGCACGCGAAACCCCAACCCUAGCCCGGCCCCCGAUCUCGCCCGCCAUGGCCGGCAAGAUGAAGGAGUUCGACGGCGCCAGCCCCGCCAAGAUCUUCAUCGGCGGGCUCUCCAAGGACACCGGCAUGGGUACAUUCAAAGAACAUUUUGGGAAGUAUGGGGAGAUAACUGAUGCUGUCAUAAUGAAGGACCGUUUCACUCAAAAGCCUAGAGGCUUUGGUUUUAUUACAUUUGCAGAUCCUGCUGUUGUUGACAGAGUGAUUGAAGAUGAGCAUGUUAUCAAUGGAAAGCAGGUUGAAAUUAAGAGAACUAUCCCUAAGGGUGCUGCCCCCUUGAAAGAUUUCAAGACGAAGAAGAUUUUUGUUGGUGGAUUACCCUCGGCUCUAAAAGAAGAUGAAUUCAAGGAGUUCUUUUCGAAGUUUGGAAAGGUGGUGGAACAUGAAAUUAUCCGUGACCAUGCAACCAAUCGGUCACGUGGAUUUGGUUUUAUAGUCUUUGAUGCAGAAAAAGCCGUAGAUGAAUUAUUAGCUAAGAAAGGCAAUAUGAUUGAUCUAAAUGGUUCUCAGGUGGAGAUCAAGAAGGCAGAACCAAAGAAACCCUCUAACCCACCACCUCGUUCAUUUGAUAGCGAACCUAGGGGCCGUCCAUAUGCGGAUAGUUAUGACGGAUUUGGCAGCUCUUAUAAUUAUGGUGGUAGUUUUGGCCCCUAUAGAUCACCUGGAAGUUUUGGUGCUAGGCCUGGUGGCUACAGUAGUGCUUAUGGUCCUGGUGACUAUGCUACUUAUGGUGGAGCAUUAGGAGGUUACCGGGGAGAAUCCUCGCUCUAUUCUAGUCGCCUUGGUAGCAGUUAUGGAGGAAGCUUUGGUGGCGGGUAUGGUGGUGGCAGUUAUGCUGGUGGUUUAGCUGGUGCCUAUGGGCGUGAUGCCGGGGCAUACGGUGGUUAUAGCUAUGGGCCUAGUUAUGAUUCUUCAGGUGCUAGUGCUGGUGCUGGGUUUGGCACUGGUGGACUCUACAGUGCUAGGACAGGCUAUGGUAGCACUGGUGGCAGUGGUGCUACUGGUCGGUACCAUCCAUAUGGAAGAUAGAAAAGCAUCAGAUGCUGCUAUCUGUUAGAUAAGCUUGCAGAAGACCAUAAGCUUGCAGAAGACCGAUGCUAGAUGUGCUCAAGAGAUAUCAUCUGCAGCUAGAAAGAUCUUGUUGAAGUUCAAUAUGCUCAGUUUGCUGUACUACUGUUAGAUCAACUUGUAGAACUUAAAAGCACUAUUUAAGUGUUUGGAAUUUAAGCAUACUUGCACGUGCACUUUGGUAGAUAGACAAUUCAGUGACCUUUAAAGCUAGCUAGUAGUUCAGUUUUUUAUGUUCUUGAGUGGAAGCUUUUUUAGGUCUUUAUCCCAUUAUUAAGCUUGAUGAUUGUAUAAGUUGGUUCUUUGUUAGCCUAGAUCACUAUUUGCUUUGUGUUAGCGAAGAUUGUGGUGGUUUGUCUUACUUAAGCCUGUAGCAGGCAAUGUUGAUGGCAGUUGCCUUUUCAUGUGAACCCUAUGCAAUCUUCAGGUUACUAGUA